AUGACGGUGACAACGCCAUCCUGCAAGCCCUUCCGGGUCAUCAUCGCCGGCGGUAGCAUAUGCGGACUGUCCCUGGCCUUGGUUUUGGAAAAAGCUGGCAUCGAUUAUGUUCUCCUUGAAAAGCGUGACAUUGCGCCGCAGCUGGGUGCAUCAAUUGGCUUCAGUACCCAUGGUGUGCGAAUUAUGGAGCAGAUGGGCAUCUGGGAUGACAUCAGGGCUAUCAUCAACCCGCUGCAGGAUUAUGGGCAUUAUGAGGCGGAUGGAACACUGUUUUAUACAUCUCAGAUAUUACCUGAAAUUAGGAAAGUUACAAAUCGUCCGCAAUUGCUCAUGUCGCGACAAACAUGGCUCCAGGUAGUUCACAGCCACAUCAAAGACCAAAGAAAGAUUCACUCCCGCACAGGGGUUGCCUCUUACACACAAAACGACGAAGGCAUCGUCGUCACAGCAGACAACGGCGAGACGUUCGAAGGCAGCAUACUUGUCGGAGCCGAUGGAAUCCAUAGUAUCACUCGGUCCCUCGUGGCAGAUGAAGUCGAGAAGGUCGACGGAGAUGCUAAAGCGGCUAAGCAGAUGAAAGAGGGUUUCGCAGCGCAUUACCACUGCAUCUUUGCCACAUCGAAGAACGAGUACAAGAACCAGCCCGGCAAGCCUAUUAUGCCCGAGGCAAAUGUGGCCGACUUUAGUGGGAAGGACCAUUGCGGACUAGUCGCAGCCGGUAUGCCGGGGCAGCUUUUCUGGUUCUUUUACCUGAAGUCUGCUGACAUCACCAACACUCCUUUUAUCCCCAAGUACAGGGAAGAGGAUGCCGAGGAGGCGAUGCGUGUGUACGGUGGCGCUCAUGUCGGGCCUGAGUGCACAUUUAAAGACCUGUGGGAUGCGAGGGUGUCAUCGAAUAUGAAGGCGUUGGAGGAAGGGGUGAUGAAAACGAAAUGGAGCAGGGGACGGGUUGUGCUUAUGGGGGACUCAGUGCACAAAGUAAAUACACCCCCUAUUUCCCCUGAUGAACUGCAGCGUACUGAGACUGCCAAGUGCACAAUCAACACCGGUCUCGGCGGCCAGCUAGCUCUCGAAGGGAUAUGUAAUUUAACCAACGGUCUCGUGGAGCUCCUGAAGACUAGCCCCAGCCCAUCCAGUGGGGAAAUCACCCAAGUCUUUACCAACUACGAGACAAAGCAGCGGCCGCGCGCGGAGUGGGCCAUGUCCAUUUCGGGCCAUCAGACACGCAUGGAGUCGCAGGCGAAUUGGAUAUAUUGGGCCUUUGGGCGAUUGAUCCUGCCACGGCUUCCGGACUGGCUGAUGGCUGUUGGGACAAUCAAGUCCAUUUAUGUCGGCUCACCGUGUAUGGAGUUCUUGCUUCGGCCGGCGGAUAUCUUGCCACCGCAAAAGACGACUGUGUCUGCGUCUUAG